GUUUUAAUGAAUUUACAUUCGUUACAUUGUCUUUUAUUGAAGUGAACAUUUGAGGUACAGCUUAUUUCAGUAUUAUGGUUUGAACAAUGUACACGAACUGCUGCUCCAAUGAGCUGACGUGUCUGUGCAAUAGGCUGCUUCACUUUUUAAUCUUUCUUUCAGCAUUGAUUGGUGGUUUAUUACUGUGGAAAUUGAAGUCCCUCAAAAUUUUAAUGUCAGCCUAUUUUUUAUGUUAUUUAAGUCUAUUUUGCAUGUCAUUUCAUGUUUCCAUGCCAUUUCAUGUUUCCAUGCCAUUUCAUGUUUCCAUGCCAUUUCAUGUUUCCAUGCCAUUUCAUGUUUCCAUGCCAUUUCAUGCUUUCAUGUCAUUUCAUGCUUUCACGUCAUUUCAUGUUUUCAUAUCAUUUCAUGAUGGUCGAUUUCCAGGAAACAAAACUCGUAGCAACACAAAUGCCUCAACAGUUUCUUUAUGUAGGAUCUCUUGUUAGACUCGACGACUGAUAUCUGACAUAUCACAGACACUGAAACCGAUACCUGAUAUUUGACAGACAACACACCUGAUUCCUGAUAUUUGAUAUACUCCACAACUAAUUGCUGAAAUGACAGACUCAGGUGAUUCCUUUCACAAGACAAGACAAGACUCCGUGAUGAACGUGAGUCCGUCCUGGUGACCGAACUGAUGAAAUCUCAUUGUAUUUUCUGGCUUCUAUGCUAUUGAUUGGUCAUCCCGAACGUAUGUACCCUUUGAUGUGUGUCCACGUUCAAAAACCCUUGCAGGACUCGAGCUUAACAUUCAGAAAAAGCCUCAAAUUAAACAAUGGGUUUGAAAAGGGCGAUGUCAGAUGUCUUUGUAGCAGAUGAACUGGUGGUGUAUCUUUGUGACAGGUGAACUGGCGAUGUGUCUUUGUAGCAGAUGAACUGGCGAUGUGUCUUUGUGACAGAUGAAAUGGCGGUGUGUCUUUGUAGCAGAUAACUGGUGGUGUGUCUUUGUGACAGAUGAACUGGUGGUGUGUCUUUGUGACAGAUGAACUGGUGGUGUGUCUU